AUGAAUAGGGCCGUCCUCCCACCCGAAAUUCUCCACAAUAUCCUCGGCCUCACCACCCCCAGUUGGCAAUGGAGCUGGCACUGGAAAAAGUGGAGGAAGACAAUGGUCGCUCGUGCCGAUCUCCUUUGGUUUCUGAACUUACGACUCGUCAACAAACAAUUCGACGACAUCGUGAUUGACCACUUCUACACAGCAAUUAGAGCUGGGCUCGUCGAUCGCAAACUUCCCAUUUGCGAUGGGGCGCCGACCCCCUCAACGAUGGCAAUGGGGGAGCAGCGAGGAGUGGUUAUUCCGCUUGUCGACACGAUCAAUGCAGGGGUGGACGGGGUUGUUGAGUUUUUCUCGCAGAGGAGCGAAGUAGACAUCGAGGAGCUCCGAACGACGUAUCUAAGCGGCAUGAUGUCCAUGUUUGUCGGCCUAUCAGGAACUCAUUCUAUCGAUCGUGUUCUGGGAUCGGCAGGGGCUGGAAAGACUAUGGAUGACGGCCUCGACUGGGGCAGAGAGGGAUGGAGUGGUACCGCAUUGAUGGCAGCUGCGUAUUUGGGCAGAAUUGACGAGCUGGAGGCGCUCCUUGCGUGGCGUAUAGAAAACACUGCUGAUCUGGAUAAGUCGCUCUAUCUGCCUCUGAUGGCGGCGGCGUUCGGAGGACAAGGAGACAGCGUACGGUUCCUGGUCGACAGGGGUGUCAAUAUAAAUACACGUAUCGUCCGACACGGGGAUACUGCGGUGCAUUUUGCUGCCUUGGGAGGGCAUGCAUCUCUUGUGGAGUAUCUUGUGGAGGCUGGAGCGGACCCUGAUGUGGUAAAUGCCGCUGGUGAUACGCCGCUUCUUUGGGCCGCUAGGGGAGGACACGCAGAUGUCGUGAGAGAGCUCUUGAGGACUGGAAAGGUGGACGUGAAUUUUCGGGACCGUUCGAAGAGAGCACCGCUGAUCUGGGCCGCGGCAAGAGGGUUUGACAAUGUGGUGAAGGAGCUAUUACUGAGAGAAGAAAUCGACGUCAAUAUCAUGGACGGGGUCGUGGAUCUUUUGGCUGGACCAAUAUACCAAGCAGGGGAGUUGUCCACUGUCUUUCCACGCGCGCUGACUGGCGGCAAUGCCAGUAUUGUGAGGACAAUAAUCGAGACAUUUCCCAACACGCUGGAAGACUACGAGUCGCACUAUGAGGAGACGGGUUUCCUCCGUGCCGCCGAGGAUUCAAGUGAAGAAGUGGUUCGAUAUCUGCUUGCUCUCAAUAAGACCCCCAUCAAUUACCAGGAUCGGGACGGGGAUCUCGGCAAAGUUACAGCUCUUCUAGAGCAUCCUGAUGUAGACGUCAAUCUGCGAACGGACGAACUUGGUGACGGCCAAUCACUGCUCCACUGCGCAGUUAAUCAACAGUGCGUGGAUCCAGAGAUUAUGAAGGCUUUACUAGCUCGCCCAGACAUCAAUGUCAACGCUAGAGAUUAUAGUGGCCGGACUCCCCUCGCUUUCGCGGCUUUCAAUGGGGAAGCUGAACUAGUGAAGCUCCUCCUGCAGCGCCAUGAUGUGGAUGUAUUCCCGCAGGAUAGAUUUGGAGACACACCGUUGCUUCUCGCCGCCAAAGAAGGAGAAAUUCACAUUGUGAAUAUGCUAUCGAAGGUACCAGGUACGGACACUUGGCACAGAAAUAACUGGGACAAAACAGCGCUGGGGUUGGCGGGGGAGUCGGGUCACACAGAGGUUAUGAGACGAUUGCUCGAUCCAGACCUCAAGGCAACACGGGAAAUCAUAUGCGAUGCCAUGGAAAACACAAAAGAGGCUUUGGAUGCUAUUCGAAGGACACCGAGAAGUGUUCUUGGUUCCGAAAAUGAAAGUCUUGCGCAGGAAAGAAGGAUAGAGGAGGCAUACAAGCUGCUUUCGGCCGGUCUAGAUAGAACAGGUUCAUGA